AUGGGAGGUGUAGUUGCUAAGGAAGGAUCUCACACGAAUUUGGAGCCUAAAACGAAGGUCGAGGCCAAAAUAAUCGAGGCUCUGCGAAAACGGGAAGCAAAGGGGAGUUCUAUCAUAUCCUUCAACAGCAUUAUUCUAAAGUUCCCCAAGAUUGAUGAGAGCUUUCAGAAAUGCAAAUCGACAUUCGAAGAAUUCGAUGAAGAUGGUAAUGGUGCAAUCGAUCCUCAAGAGCUAAAAAGCUGCUUUCGGAAGCUUGAACUUAGUUUCGAUGACGAGGAAAUAAACGACUUGUUUGAGGCGUGCGAUAUAAAUGAAGACAUGAGAAUCAAUUUCAAUGAAUUUAUCGUUCUUCUUUGCCUUGUUUAUCUUCUCAAGGAAGAUCAAACCAGUGAGCAAGCUAUAGGAAUGCCGAGUCUAAGGGCCACAUUCGAAACGAUAGUCGACACGUUUGUUUUCUUGGAUAAAAACGGGGAUGGGUGUGUUAGUCGAGAUGAAAUGAUUGAUGCCAUUAACGAGACCACUUUGGGAGAGAGAUCUUCCGGGAGAAUAGCCAUGAAAAGAUUUGAGGAGAUGGAUUGGGACAAAAAUGGAAUGAUUUAA